GAUGACUUUGAGAACAGUCACUUCCUCUUUCUGGGCUACAGUUUUCUCAUCGGUAACUGAAGAGCUUGCAGUACCUUCAGCAUUCCUUCAGGUGAGGACUUCUCUGUGAUUCCUGCUAUGGUUUGAAUGUGUCUCCUAAAGUUCAUGCGUUGGAGGCUUAAUCCCCAGUGCAAAAGUGUUGGGAGGUGGGGCCUAAUGAGAAGUAAUUAGACCGUGAGUAUUCUGCCCUCAUGAAUAUAUUAAUGUCACUCUCAUAGGAGUGGGUUUGUUAAAAUGAGUUCGGCCCCUUCUUUCUCUCCCUUUCUUCCGCCCUGCACUAUGGGAUGUACAGUGCAGAAGGUCUCACCACAUGCUGGCACCAUGCUUUUGGACUUCUCAGCCUCCAGAACCAUGAGCCAAAUAAAUUUCUGUUCAUUAUAAAUCACCUAGCCUGUGGCAUCCUGUUAGAGCAGCAUAAAAUGGACUAAGAUAAUCCCUACAAAGAGUGGCAAAAGAACAGUUUCCAGCUCACUGGCAGAAUCCUAUGAUCAACUAGUAAUGUCUGCCAGGGAUGGAGGAUGAGUGACACCAACAUGUAUUCAUCUUGAUUCAACUGGAAUCUCUGGGUCUGUGUGAGGACCAAGAGCUGGGGACAGAAGCAGGACUCUAGAGGGGAAGUUUCAUUCAGAUUCGGGUUUUUGUUUUGUUUUAAAGAGCUGCUCUGUGAGAGGACAAGGAGAAAAUGGUCACAGAUACCUCUGUCUCAGGGAGACAGUCAAACAUUUAUUCAACCAAGAAAGAGAAUUAGGUCCAGGUGAAAGGAGAACCCCAGAAUACCCACCUACUUUUAAAGUUCUCCCCAUGCAUAUUCAGGAACCAAUAAGAGGAUUUGUAAUGCGCUGUAAAUAGAAAGGGAAGGGGAAUGGGAAAGAAAAAAGUGAAGCUUGGAAUGGUGGAAAGUACACGGGCUCUGCCAUUUACCAGCUGUGUGAUCUUGGGCAAGUGACUCAACCUUUCUGAGCUUUGGUUUCCUCUUUGGUGAAAUGAGGACUAAUAACUCAUUUCUCCCUCAGCACAGAGAGCCAGCAAGCAGUGAGCACUCAGCGAUGGCCAAGUACAGGAGAAGUCAGGCUCGAAUGAACAUAUGGGACCAUUUUGUGCAGGGUCUCAGCACCAAGACCGACUGGUCCUUUGGGCUCGUGGGCUGCGGGCAGCCUCGGCUCGUUCUCCAGACGGUGUUCCAAGCAGCCUCUUCCAGCAAGGCAGCGUUGGCCUGAGAACUGGAAACUCUUUGCGGUCUCUGCAAACAGGACAAUGACAAUGACACUUGAGAAGGCAUGGGAGAGAGGAGCUCCUUCAUAGGGCAGGGAGGGGUGGGCACUUGGGCGUGGCCAAGGAGAGGAGGCACACCUGGUCUACAGCCCUCCCUGGCCCGUGUCCAGCUCCCUCCUCACACGGGGCUGGGGGAGGCAUCUCAGGGAUGGCAUCUUUCCCGCCACAGGGAAAUUCUCAUCUUUGACACAGCGUGGGAAUCGAGGCAUCCAGGAGGGGAGCAGAGGCAGGCAGGCCUCCUUCAGGCCCAUCCUCCAGCUGGGCUGGUGGUGCUGGGGAGGCUCCCUGCUUGGUAACAAAGGCCUGAGGGAGAGUUGUGAAACCCAGCAGGAAAGCCGGCUCACCUUCGCCUCCCCCUGCGGCUGGGAGGAGAGGAAAUAUCCCAUGACUGACUGUGCCAAGGUGGUGUCUGAGCCAGCCCUCCCGGCCCGAGGGCAGGGCAGGUGGCCCUGAGAGAUAAGCCAAUCCCUCGGCUGCAGAUGAGGAGUUCUGAGAAGCAUUGCUCAGGACAGCGGUAAAUUACUUCUUGGAGGUGCCCUGCACGCCGGUACUGGGAUCAGGCGGCCUCCCAGGGGUGUGGGAGCCCCACUCCUCCGUGGUGUGUUCCAUUUGCUUCGCACAUCUGGAGGAGCUGACGUGCCAGCCUCCCCCAGCACCACCCAGGGACGGGCGGCAUGAGCCGGUCAAGGCACCUGGGCAAAAUCCGGAAGCGUCUGGAAGAUGUCAAGAGCCAGUGGGUCCGGCCAGCUAGGGCUGACUUUAGUGACAACGAGAGUGCCCGGCUGGCCACGGACGCCCUCUUGGAUGGGGGUCCUGAAGCCUACUGGCGGGUGCUCAGCCAGGAAGGCGAGGUGGACUUCUUGUCCUCGGUGGAGGCCCAGUACAUCCAGGCCCAGGCCUGGGAGCGCCCCUGUCCCCCAGACACCCUGGGAGCGGCAGAGACAGGCCCUAAGGGACUAGACUCCAGCUCCCUACAGUCCGGCACCUACUUCCCUGUGGCCUCAGAGGGCAGCGAGCCGGCCCUACUGCACAGCUGGGCCUCAGCUGAGAAGCCCUACCUGAAGGAUAAAUCCAGCGCCACCGUGUACUUCCAGACCGACAAGCACAACAACAUCAGAGACCUUGUCCGCCGCUGCAUCACCCGGACCAGCCAGGUCCUGGUCAUCCUGAUGGAUGUGUUCACGGAUGUGGAGAUCUUCUGUGACAUUCUAGAGGCAGCCAACAAGCGUGGGGUGUUCGUUUGUGUGCUCCUGGACCAGGGAGGUGUGAAGCUCUUCCAGGAGAUGUGUGACAAAAUCCAGAUCUCUGACAGUCACCUCAAGAACAUUUCCAUCCGGAGUGUAGAAGGAGAGGUGUAUUGUGCCAAGUCAGGCAGGAAAUUCGCUGGCCAAAUCCGGGAGAAGUUCAUCAUCUCAGACUGGAGAUUCGUCCUCUCUGGAUCUUACAGCCCGGCUUCCCAAGAGCAGCCGCCUUUUGCAGGGGCUUUCCCCACCCCUGUGUGGUUAAAGGAGCUGGCGCUCCACAUUCCACAGGUGGAGAGAGAAGGCCCCGGCUGCUGGCCCCAUCACGGCCCUUGGGGAGCCCCGAGUCCUCAGGCCCACUUCUCCCCGCGGCCCCACGACGGCCUGCCCGCCGCCGUCUACAGCAACCUGGGGGCCUACAGGCCCACUCGGCUGCAGCUGGAGCAGUUGGGCCUGGUGCCGAGGCUGACUCCCACCUGGAGGCCCUUCCUGCAGGCCUCCCCUCACUUCUGAAGGUCCCUUCCCCUGCUGCCCUCUCCAGGCCCAGGACUGGGCACUCCCUGGGGCCCAAAGACCCACCACAAGGCGAGUGGAGCCACUUCCCUUUGAAAAGACACAGUCAUUGCCAUGGUUCAAUGUUCCCAGGCCCCAGGCCAUCCACUUGCGGGCCCCCACCAGUCCUUGGGUUCCCUGCUGUAGUUUGACCUGUGCAGCACAUUCCAGAAGGUUCCAGGGAGGUUGUGGGGCAGCUAGAGGACAAAAUCAUGAAAACAGAGCCCCUGUCUUCCAGAGAUCAUCCAGGGCUUUAAUAUUAAUGGCCCCCUAAACUCUGUAAGAAGCAUGAAAUGCAGCCCAAGUUUUACAAAUGGGUAAUCCGAGGCACUGAGAAGUAGAUGGUAGGUUGGUACUUCUAGUUCCCAGUGCCUAGGAAUGGUCCACUCCCAAGAGAUUCAGGAAAGACAGAGGAGAAGCUGUGGGAACGUUCUGGAUGUUUCGGGAAAGUUGGGCAAACUCCUCCUCCUAGGAAAGGCUAAUACUAGGGUAUCCCUGGGCCUGAUGAGUUAGGGGUGAGGCCCCGGAACCCGUAUCUGUGAGUUGUAUGAGGGGCCAUCUGAAGCUGUAGCCACCAGGGAUGGAGCUAGCUGAGGAGUCUGGGGGGUCGGGUGGGACAAGACAGUUUAGUAGACUCAGAUUCUUGCUUCAAAGAGCCUUGGGCUGGCCUGGAGGUCCCUGGAGUCUAGGCUGGACCUAGGAGCUUGAGUUGUCAGGGGCCAGGACUGGCCCCACCGCAGUGCCCAGGCCAGUCUUGAGCAGCAGGGAGGGCUCAGCUGUCCCCAGAUCCAGGUGCCUCUGACCAGCCUGGUCACCUCCUGAGGAAUAAAUGCUGAACCUCACAAACCCCAUCAUUCAUUCCUUCUCAAUUCACAGUGCCCAUCUUUGUUCCUGCAGUGGUACUAGGUCCUAAGGGCACAGCCUAGCUGAGUGUAAAUAAAUAUAGGAUGCUUAGAAAGCAUAAAGGAGGGGCCAGGCAUGGUGGCUCAUGCCUGUAAUCCCAGAACUUUGAGAGGCCAAGAUGGGUGGAUUACCUGAGGUCAGGUGGAUUACCUGGUCUCAAGACCAGCCUGAACCAAUAUGGUGAUACCCCAUCUCUACUAA